GAUGCAGUUUUAUUUUGCAACAGCACAUCCAUCUGAUUGGGGGUGGGAAGGGAUUCACUGAUGUUGAAAGAAGUAUGUGUGUAUAGCUUUUUCACAAACAGUAAAAACGAGCAUGAAAUGCACUUUGAUUUCUCUAGCUGUUUGUGUUGUUUUGUUUGUUUACUUGAUACAGAAAUGAAUAAUUGUUAAAGAACAGAUGCAGCAUUAACACAUUCCUAUUAAUCAGAAUCACACAGGUUUUUUUUUUUUUUAUCAGCUCUGACUGUUCCUCUUUUUGGGUGGCUAGAGGUGGUGCGUCGGUUUUUCUCAGCUUGGUGCUGGAGAAAAUUAUAAUUAUGCUGCUCCAGAUGGCUUGCAUAUUGUGUUGCUGUUGGCGGGCCUUGAAAGAGCUUUCGUCUUUAUCGCGCAAUAAAAUCAUCUCAGUGAGCAGACACGUCAAACUUAAAGACACCAGCUAUAAUAACAUCUCUGGAGGUUUGCGCGUUUCCUGAGGCCAGCCAGCCCUCCUCUUUCAAAGCGUUGGGGCCGUGAAAACGAGAGUGACACUGAUGAUGCUCGCGAGAAACUGAGAAACUGUGACUCGUUCUUACUGUUAAUCCUGGCGGACAAUGCCAAGAAAAGCCCAAGGGGAAAGCUGAAUAAGGUCCUUGUCCUUAUCAGCUCAGCAGGCUUUCCGAGGACUGAGUGAUUGUGGCGCCUCCACCGAUCACUUGUGCUCAUCGACCUGCCCUAUUAUCAUGUGUGCUCACUGAUAUAACAGUGACAUCAAUCUGCCGUGAACCAGACCGUACCUGUGCCAAGUUAAACAAUCAAAGCCGUACAUAAGGUGCCCUGUAAAUUCACACACCCACGCAAAAACGCAUGCCCGCAGAUUUUUCUCUAGGGACGCAGGAGUUCAUUUGGCAGGGAAACCUGUCAUGAUCUGUGCAUGUCAUUUUUCUCACCAACGUGCUGUGCUGGGAGUUUUACAGAGCUCACACUUUGCUAGAGGGGCAAACAUUUCGACUCAUUUCAGACUUCAUCCGAGCUCAGAGCGGCUACUAGAUUUGCGUGAAAAAGCAGCGUUGGAUUUAGACGUCCAUACAGCAUCUGGUCACAAGGGAUAUGAAGCUGGUUGCAGGGUUAGCCGUGCUAUGGCUGUGGGUUGCAGAGGCCGUGGAAAACUGCCCCAGUGAUUGUAAAUGCAGCCAGAAAUCCAGUACGGAAAAGACUGAAGUCAACUGUCAAAAGAGGGGACUUCAGAGCAUCCCACCCAAACUCCCUCUGGACUCAUGGAUCCUAAAAAUGGGUGAAAAUUUUCUGCAGGACCUCCCAGAAAACAUCCUGACCUCCGUCCCAAAAAUCGAGAGCGUAAACUUGGAGCGAAACUCAAUCAAAUCAAUAAACCCUCAAGCAUUUGCGGGUGCCCAGCGAUUGAUGCUUUUGAAUCUGCAAGGAAACCGAAUGUCUAAACUUCCAGUAAAGGGCUUCAAAGACCUCCUAAACCUACGCUUUCUCAUGCUGGGCCAGAAUCAGAUAGCUAGCCUGAAACCUAACAUGUUUAUUGGCAUGAGGAACCUCUCAGAGCUGGAUCUGCCCCUGAACGCCCUCACUGCCCUCCCUCCAAAUGCAUUCAAGCCUCUGAUUGCCCUCAAAGUUCUGGACCUUGCCUUGAACCGCAUCCAAAGGAUCUCGCCCAAAGCCUUUGUUGGACUUGAAGAGCUGCUUUUUCUCAACUUGGACAACAACAAGCUGAAGAAUAUUCAAGCUGGGACCUUUGGUCCCCUGAUUGGUCUUGAGAUGCUGGUACUGGACAACAAUUUGCUCUCCACACUUACCACGUCCACACUAGAAGGUCUUUCCAACCUGCAGGAGCUCUAUAUCAGAAAGAAUGAAAUUGAGAGCCUGCCAGCUGACUUAUUCCGCCACACACCUAAACUUACUCAUGUGGGCUUAAGUGGGAAUCGACUUCAUGCCAUUGAUGGCAACAUGCUAGCCAACAUGCAAGGGUUGAAGGAGGUGUAUCUGCACGAUAACCCAUGGAAAUGUGACUGCAGUAUCAACUCGCUGGUACAUUACGUAGCCCAGACGAGGGCUAAUCAUUCGCCUCUGCAAAGACUUCGGUGCAUUAGCCCAGAAGAGUUUCGUGAUAGACCCAUUCACCAGCUGAAAGCUGAGGAACUUCCCUGCAGGGCCUAGAAAAUCCCCAAGUCUGGAUAUCAUAUCACGUGCGACCUCCAAAAGUUGGAAGCGUAGCACAAUAACAGAGUGAUAUUUUCUGUAAUUGAAUAGUGAUGCUUCACAUAACUCCAACCACAAUGACUUUGACAGGUUAAUGAUAGUGCUGCUGUUCUGCAGAUUUCUUAACUUUCACCCACACCAGACCACCUGGAGAGGCUCUCAGCAGUACAUCCUACAAAACUAAAGGAAGAACUGUGCAUCUGGUAUUCCCAAUACAGAAGAAAUGUCAAUUUUUUUGUAAUAGAAUAAUAAUAUAUUUUCACUUUCAACUUAAUAUUACAAAUGAUUCUCUUAAAUGCAUUAUUGAUCCAAAGUGUUUUUUAUUGUCCUUCAGCAUCAAC